AUGAGUGGGGGCCCUUCGGGAGGCAGGCCUGGGGGCCGCGGAGGACAAGGGGGUCAGCAGAACAUCCCGUCCACCCUCCUCCAGGACCAUGAGAACCAACAACUCUUUGAGAUGCUCGGACGGAAGUGCUGGACGCUGGCGACUGCGGUUGUUCAGCUGUACCUGGCGCUGCCCCCUGGAGCUGAGCACUGGACCAAGGGACACUGUGGGGCUGUGUGCUUCGUGAAGGAUAACCCCAAGAAGUCUUACUUCAUCCGCCUUUAUGGCCUUCAGGCUGGCCGGCUGCUGUGGGAACAGGAGCUGUACUCACAGCUGGUCUACUCUGCUCCCACCCCCUUUUUCCACACCUUUGCUGGAGAUGACUGCCAAGCGGGGCUGAACUUUGCAGACGAGGGCGAGGCCCAGGCCUUCCGGAACCUGGUGCAGGAGAAGAUACAAAAACGGAAUCAGAGGCAAAGCGGGGACAGGCGCCAGCUCCCGCCUCCACCAGCGCCAGUCAGUGAAGAGAGAAGAGGAGGGCUCCCACCCCUGCCCCCGCACCCAGGUGGAGACCAAGGGGGCCCAGCAGCCAGCCCAAUGUCUCUGGGGCUGGUGACAGUGGACAUCCAGAACCCAGACAUCACGAAUUCACGAUACCGUUCGCUCCCAGCACCUGGGCCUGGCCCAGGUGAUAAGAAACGCUCAGGGAAGAAAAAGAUCAGCAAGUCUGAUAUUGGUGCACCCAGUGGAUUCAAACAUGUCAGCCACGUGGGGUGGGACCCCCAGAAUGGAUUUGACGUGAACAACCUGGACCCAGAUCUGCGGAGCCUGUUCUCAAGGGCGGGAAUCAGUGAUGCCCAGCUCACCGAUGCUGAGACCUCCAAAUUUAUCUAUGACUUCAUUGAGAACCAGGGUGGGAUGGAAGCUGUGCGGAAGGAGAUGAGGCGCCAGGAGCCACUUCCACCGCCCCCACCGCCAUCCCGAGGAGGGAACCAGCCCCCCCGGCCCCCAACUGUGGGGAGCAACAAGGGUCGCUCUGGCCCUCUGCCCCCUGUACCUUCGGGAGGUGCUCCUCCCCCACCAACUCCCCGGGGACCCCCACCCCCGGGCCGAGGGGGCCCUCCGCCACCACCCCCUCCAGCCACUGGACGCUCUGUGCUACCGCCCCCUCCACCCUCUGGAGCUGGGGGUGGACCGCCCAUGCCUCCGCCACCACCGCCACCACCACCGCCACCACCCAGCUCUGGGGAUGGACCAAUCCCUCCCCCACCCCCUCCUUCUCUGGGGCUUGUGGGGGGCCCGGCCCCUGGUGGGGGUCGGGGGGCACUUUUGGAUCAAAUCCGGCAGGGAAUUCAGCUGAACAAGACCCCUGGGGCCCCAGAGAGCUCAGCACUGCAGCCACCACCUCAGAGCUCAGAGGGGCUGGUGGGUGCCCUGAUGCAUGUGAUGCAGAAGAGAAGCAAAGCCAUCCAUUCCUCUGACGAAGGGGAGGACCAGGCCGGUGAUGAUGACGAUGAUGAUGAAUGGGACGACUGA